ACUGAGUCCCUCGCAAACAUGGAUGAUGUGUACUUCGCCUAAUCUCGUGUGAACGUUUUUCACGCUCCUACGUAGCUAAUGAGGGGAAACGACUGAUAGAUGAGGUGGAAUCCGAUGCUAACACUGAGAAGAGUGUGCAUUUUGACUUGGUGAUCGAGAGACUGGCAACCGAUUAGCAUUCGGGGAGUGUUGGACUUGUGGACUUAGUUCUGUGUAUUCGGAUGCAUUGGCAUCGACGGGGUCUCUGGCCUUCAUCCGAUCGCCACACCCGCUUUUCACAGCAACCUACAGAAAAGGGAGGAGGAAGAGGAGGAGAAGGACGAGCACCAGCAGCAAUAGGAGUAGCAGGAGGAGGAGGAGGAGUAGGAGAAGGAGAAGGAGUUGGUGGGCAAGGCGGAGAGCGAGUCCUUGCCACAGCGAGCGGCUGUACGGCUUUAUCCACCAUGGAUCGGUUGGGCAAUCCUAGUCCAGUGGGCAGUCGUCGGGAUACCACUACCACCUCUCCUCCCACCUCUCAGAGAUGUAGCGAUGCAGGAUGUGCGACAGGAUGUUCUCCGACAGAAUGCGGUGCAACAGAACGGUGUGCGGCAGGCAAUUGUGUGACAGAAUGCCGUGCGACAGAGGAUUGUGUGGCAGGAUGUUGUCCGACAGGUAGCGAAAUAGAAGGAGCUGGUGAUGUAGAUGGUGGAGUUCGUUGCAGAAGCAAGUGCAAGUGCAAUGCAUGUGGUCUCACAGCUUGGCAGCGCCCGCUGUCGUCAGAUCUACCACUAUCAGAUCCAAGGGUACUUAGUCUAAAACCAACAGUCCGUUCUCGCAGACAGACCGUUUCGAUCCGCUGUCGUGACCAUUGGCAUUGGCAUCGCAGCGGUUGCAACCUCAUCAUCGCCAUCGUGGCUAAUGCGCUACUACUACACUCUCUCUCUCUCUCUCCCUCCUCCUCCUCCUCCUCCUCCUCCUCUUCUUCUUUCUCCUCGUCUUCUUCUUUCUCCUCCGCUUCUUUCUCCAGCGGCUUGGCUAUGGCGAGAACUCUUGAGGAUGAGGACAACGACGAAGCUUUUGUCAAAGCUGAAAGACGAUGUGUUGCCUCGUUACCAUCCACUAGCAGCUUGCAUUCCAGCCACCAACAUCCCCACCUCAGCAAGUAUCAGCAACAGCAAGAAAUGGAUAAAGGUCUAAAUAAAGAAAUGGGUACUAAGAGAAAUGGUGAGAAUGGGGAUGUUGGUGGUGGCAAGGCAGCGGCGGCGGCGGCGGCGUCGUCUAGUUCUGAGAACGAGUUGCAAACUUGCAGCCCACCGUAUACGUGCGUGUUGAGUAAGCCAGCCCGUCGGUUGACGACAGCGGCAGACGCAGAGUCGAAUGAGGAGGUCGAGGAGGAGGAGGGGGAGGAGGAGAAGGAGAAGGAGAAGGAGAAGCAGGAAGAGGAACCUGCAGAGGGCACGUGUCAGACCCUUAAGGACGGGGCGUACUGCUAUGACGGGACCACUGGGCUUUACUGGGCUGAUGGCACCGUCGGUAUCCCUGUAGACGCGAAGCCUACCAGUUGCAAGGCCUGUGUGUGCGGAGGCGGGGGCUCGACCCUGUGCACUCUGGAGGAGCACCUAGACUGCGCUCGCGAGCUCGGGUUGGAUAAUGUUUUUGAGUUGUCGUCAAUAGAUACUGAAACGAUAAUGCCAAACUCCUCUUGGAACGAGUGUUACGCGGACUCCACGUGGGCGGGCCCAUACAAAGACACGUGUUCGGGGACGAAUGAGGUGUGCGUGCUUCGGAUGGUAGGUCGAGCAGACAUUAAUCUCCCUCACAAGGGGACAUGCACGACGCUGGAAGCAGAGGAGGAGCAAUCUGCCUCCUCCUCGCCAUCAGGCAAGGGGUAUUAUUGCAAAAUCAACAACCUGUAUUGGGCCUUCGGAGUGAAAGACAUUCCGUUCGGCGACGAGUGCAAUGUGUGCGAGUGUGUGGAGGAUAACGGCAGGACGAGGAGGGGCAGUUGCACGACCCGCACGUGCUUCUUCCCUCUGCGCACGCCCCCCAUGCAGCCAUGCGAGAAUCCAGUCCCAUGCUACGUGGACGUCUGCAAGACCGCCACGUGUGAUCCUUAUCCGGACGCUAAGUGUGAGGGCGACUACUGUCACGGGUCCUGUUCAGCCCUCUUCUUCAAGGAAGAUGGCAAGAACGUUACCUGCGCUUGCGCAUGCAGCAAGUCUCAGAGUCAGCCAGUCUGCUCCGCUGACGGUCUGUCGUUUGCGAAUCCUUGCUGGGCAGAGUGCGAGGGACACACUCCCUACACUCCUGGAGCAUGCACUAACGAGGAGCCUGUGAGCAAGAACUACAAGGAAGGGGAAGAUCAGGGGUUGCCAAAGCCCAACGCCACACAAUGCUACGCAGGGGGAGGAGACGGGGCGGAGCUGCGAAUGCCUCAGGGUGGGUGCGGGGACGGGGAGGUGUGUGUUCUCGACCAUGUGGGUAGACCAGAGGUGGAUGCGCCGCACACUGGGGUAUGCCAGUCCCAAGGACCUGGGAGUGGGAGUGGGACUGGGACUGGGACAGGAGCCUUAGCAGGAGAAGGAGGAGGAGGAGGAGGAGGAGGAGAGUACUGCCAAGUCGGUGGGCUCUACUGGGCGCCAGGCACCGCUGGCAUCCCCUUUGGCGACGGAUGUCGCACGUGUCGUUGUGAGAAGGCCCCCAGUGCUGACCCGUCAUCCUCGGGAUCGGAAUCGGGAUCGGGAUCGGGAUCGGGAUUGGAUGGCAGGCCCCAACUGUAUUGCAGCGGCAGUGGGGCUUCUUCCUGCAUUGGGAUCCCGAAGACCGAGGAGCUGUGCCGCUUCCCUGUUUCCUGUCCCUUGGAUCCGUGCGACAACAUGCUCUGCAUGCCUAAGGAGAAGGCUAUCUGUCAGCGCGAUUCGUGUCACGGAGCUUGCAGAGCGUUGAUCUUCAGUGCCAAUCGAACGGUGUCGGUCAGCAGUGCAGAUGAGGUGGACAUUGAAGACCUCCCACCGUCUGACAUCUGCACAGACGAAGCGCAGGACAUAGAUUAUGGAACGGAUAUUGCAUGUUAUCGGGAUCCCUGCGGGAAUGGGACGUGUCGUCGUUAUCCGGAGGCGAAGUGUUAUGCAGACUACUGCCUGGAUGACAUGUAUGAGAGGGGGAGGGAGAAUGGGUGGGGACCACCCAAGGUUUUGUUCCUCCUUACCCCAGAAGGCGGGGGGGAGGACAGUGAAAAAGCCAAUGUGACCUGCGAUUGCCUGUGUCCGUUCGAGGAGGAGGAGCCGGCAGUGUGCGGCGAAAACAGGAUGACGUACGCCAGCGGAUGUCGCGCAGCGUGCUACGGAGUGCGGUACACUCUCGGUGGGUGCGACGUCGGACCCAACUGCAACUGUACGACAGAGCCGCUCAAAUGGGUGUGCGGGAAAAAUGGCAAGAACUACAGCAGCGCCUGUACUGCGAGAUGCCGUAAUGUCAAAGUGAAGCGGCAAGGGCCGUGCAAGUCGACUGCAUUUCGGUAAUUAUAAUGAUUCAAUUUUUCAAUGCAUUUUGCUCAUUCCAAAAACGCACCAUGCAUCGACUUCCUUCCACCAUUCUUCUUCUUCUUCUCUCUCUCUCUCUCUCUCUCUCUCUCUCUCUCUCUCUCUCUCUCUCUCUCUCUCUCUCCCCCCUNUCUCUCUCUCUCCCCCCUCCCCCCUGUCUCUCUCUCUGUCUCGCUUUCUCCCCUCCCUCCCUCCCUGUCUUCUCAGUCGAUCCAAUAAAAGGCAAUGAACAAUCGCUCACUAAACUAUUUGGAUUCCUCACUUCCUCAAUCAAUCAGCAAAGCAAAC